AUGGCCAAUGGUCAGCCAGGUCCGAGCGUCAUGCCCACCCCUCCCGUAACCGCCACCCGCAAACGCAAGCGCGCACACCAGUACACCGUCAGCUACAGCGAGGUCCAGGAGGUCGACGACAGCGGUCGCCUACGCGAGGUCAUCGUCAUAGACGACUCGCCGCCCCCACCAACUCUUUCCCCUGCCACGAGUGCCCACACCAAGUUUUCCGCCUCCUACCAGCCUCCGGUCUACUCGGCCCCCAUUAGAACACGCGCCCGCGCAGCCGCCGAGGCGCAGGCCCUCUCCUCGUCCUCUGCGUCUACGGCAGCCGGCCCGGCAGUCAAGAAGCGGCGGAGAGACCCCCAAGACUCGGUCGUUCGUGCCCCGCCAGCGAAGAAGCCAGCAACAGGCGCCGGGGCCGCGCAAGCACUCGCCCAGCAGGGCUCCUGGGAGACUAGAAGCGGUGCAGCAUCCGAUGAGACGUCCAAGGGCCCCGUCCCAUGCGAUGACAAGGAGGGCCACUAUAUCAUUGUACCCGACGACAUCAUAGCCAACCGAUACCGUACAGUACGGCUUCUCGGUCAGGGGACGUUCGGCAAAGUCGUGGAGGCAGUCGACACGCAGACCAAACAGCGUGUGGCCAUCAAGAUCAUCCGAGCCGUGCCGAAGUAUCGCGACGCGAGCAAGAUGGAAAUUCGCGUCCUCAAGAAGUUGAAGGAGAGCGAUCCGCUCAAUAGACACAAAUGCAUACACCUCUUAUCGUGGUUUGAUCAUCGCAACCAUAUAUGCCUGGUCUCGGAACUGUUGGGCAUGUGCCUGUACGAUUUCCUCAAGGAGAAUGACUUCGCACCGUUUCCGCGCCAUCAAAUCCAGUCAUUUGCGAGGCAACUCCUCGGGAGUGUGGCGUUCUUGCACGAUCUACACCUCAUCCACACCGACCUGAAGCCCGAGAACAUCCUGCUAGUACACAACGACUACAAGACGGUCAGGAUACCUGUCCCGAACAAGCGAAGCGCGGCAAAGGACAAGCGGAUCCUGCUAUCAACCGAUAUCCGCUUGAUCGACUUCGGCUCGGCUACCUUCGAACACGAGUAUCACUCUAGCGUCGUCUGUACAAGACAUUACCGAGCACCAGAGAUCAUACUGGGCCUAGGCUGGUCAUACCCCUGUGACGUCUACUCGCUUGGCUGCAUUCUCGUCGAGUUCUACACCGGUAUCGCCCUAUUCCAGACGCACGAAAACCUCGACCAUCUCGCGAUGAUGGAGAUUGUCAUGGGCAGAGUACCCGACCGCUUCGCACGGCAGGGCGCAAGACAGCACCCCGAGUGGUUCAAGGACGGUCGCAUAGACUUCCCAAAGACGAAGUCGACGAGGCAAAGCAAGAAGGACGUUCGCGCGACGAAGCCCUUGCGGGACAUCAUCACGAGCUCAGACAUGAUCAACCGGCAUUUCCUUGACCUCGUCACCAAGCUGCUAGCCUGGGACCCGGCGCAGCGCAUCACGGUCCGCGAGGCGCUCAGCCACCCGUACUUCUCGCUCAGCAUUCCUGAGGAGAUCUAA